AUGGACUCCAGAAUAGCGAUGCGGCCGACUCGGCCCCAAACCGUCAAAGAGCUUGUUGCUCAGGCCGAGAAUUUCAGCUUCAAUACGAACAUCCCUUUCAAACACUGGAUGCGUGCAGCGGAAACGCUGUACCAAGAGGCUUCUUUUGCGGUUUCAGACGGCGACUUCGGACGAGCUUACAUGAUGCUGUAUCGACACUCCCUCCUUAUCCUCAAAUAUCUUCCGACACACCCGCAGUUCAAGGAGCCCGAUAACAAGAAAGCCUACAUAGUGCUAUCGAAGCGCAUUCAGCGCGUGAUCCAGGAUCUUGAACAGCUCAAACCCGAAAUCGAGAAUGCCGUCAAAGAGUGGGAGCGAAUGGCGCUUUCGCCAAAGGCAGCUAUUGAAUCAUCGGACCCUCCGUCACGAUACGAACAAUUCGCAGCUCGCGAUCCAACAUUGUCUGGAAAUGCUAGGAUUCUAGAUGCUUCCGAUCAUCAGGACCUGGCAGUUGAUCUCGCACAGAGGGAAUUGACACGGAGAGAUACCGUGAGAAGGACGACGAGACAUUCUGGCAUUACCGACGAAGACAUUAUGUCGAGAAGAAGAGGGGGUAAAUGGGAUCAAUGGGAUGGCGUGCGAAUCGGAGACGAUGAGGAUCUACGGCGGCAGAUGGAGGCGACUAGGCAUGCCCUCGACUCGGCGCAUGAGAGACGCAACGACGACGAUUUCCGACCGACGUCGCACACAUACAACUACCCAUCUAUCUCCAGACCUCGACCGGUCGAGUACGAGAGAAGCACAACACCGACAACUCCAUCUAUACAGCCGAGUCGACCGCCUAAGGAACCUGUUGCUCUGCCUCCCAAAGAACCCUUGCAUCCGUCUCUAUCACAACCGCUUCCCCCGAGCCUUCCACAAAAGGUACCUCUAUCAGGAUAUGCACCUCUUAUACCAUCUCCGUCACCUCAAACUGCCGGUGAUCGACCCGAGGUUCCUCGCAAAGAGGCGCUCAGCCCAACUGGAGACACUGGCCCACCAGCGAUUCCCCAGAAAGAACGUCUCACAUUUAAGCCAGGCGCAUACCUUGAGAACGGCGAUCCAAUUCGAUCUCUCUUCCUACCGAAAAACCUCCGACAGAAAUUCCUCGACAUCGCUGCUGAUAACACGCGUCGUGGACUCGAAAUGUGUGGCAUGCUGUGCGGAACGCCUAUCAACAAUGCGCUGUUUGUCAGGUGUCUCUUGAUCCCCGAUCAGAAGUGCACGUCGGAUACAUGUGAGACAGAAAAUGAAGAGGUCAUGUUCGACUACUGCAUGGGUGAGGACUUGCUUCUUUUGGGGUGGAUUCAUACGCAUCCGACACAGACAUGUUUCAUGAGUUCACGAGAUCUCCAUACUCAUGCUGGAUACCAGGUUAUGAUGCCUGAGAGCGUGGCUAUUGUGUGCGCGCCAAAGUUCCAACCUUCGUAUGGAAUCUUUCGCCUAACCCACCCUCCAGGGUUGGACCACAUCCUGAACUGUAACCAUCAGGAUACAUUUCACCAGCACUCGAUUGACAACAUCUAUCGCGGGGCGGGUCAACCUACGGGCCAUGUAUAUGAAAGCGAUAAGUUGGACUUUUAUGUACACGAUCUGCGAACCAAAUAG